AAAAAAAAACUCUUUUAAGGCACAAUUAAGAGCUGAGAACGGCGCUGUUUGUUGUACCAUAUUUUGAAAGGGAGGCUUUAGCAGGGUUUGUUGUUUUUUCGUUCUUUCAAUGGCUACACGCUUGGUGUGGGCUUCAAAGGCCGCUUCUUACCUAAGGAUCUCUGUUUUCCACAGAGGAUUUUCUUCUGUCAUAAAGGAUCUGAAGUAUGCUGAUUCGCAUGAGUGGGUGAAAGUUGAUGGUAAUUCUGCUACUGUUGGUAUAACUGAUCAUGCUCAAGAUCAUUUAGGUGAUGUUGUUUAUGUUGAAUUACCGGAAGUGGGCGCCAAUGUCCAACAGGGUGGGUGUUUUGGCGCAGUUGAAAGUGUUAAGGCUACUAGCGAUAUCAAUUCUCCUGUUUCAGGGAAAGUUGUUGAAGUGAACGAAGAACUGAACAGCUCCCCUGGUUUGGUAAACUCGAGCCCAUAUGAGAGGGGAUGGAUUAUAAAGGUUGAUAUUAGUGAUGUUGAUGAGCUCAAGAACUUGAAGGACUCAGAUGAGUACGUUAAGUUUUGUGAAGAAGAAGAUGGAAAGCAUUGAGCAAACAUAGUCAUUUGAUUUUCUGUGUCUGCUCACCUGAAUACUACGCCUUUGUUUUGAUAUUUUAUUGUCUUCUUAAUUCCCUUUGCUGCUAGUAAUAAAGUAUUGAGUUUGUC